GAGAGAGAGAGAGAAGGAGAGAGAAGGAAAAAUCUCCCGCCAUCCCGAUUAAAACCCUGAAAGAAAACAAGGGUUGAAUCGGAGAAAAUGGAGCUGGCGGUGAUAGAUCUGAGCCCCUACCUGAAAUCGGAAUCGGAGGGGCAAUUGAAGGAGCUGUGCAGCGAGGUCAGCCGGAGUCUCAGAGAGACGGGAGCUCUCUUAGUGAAGGACCCCCGAUGCACAGCUGAGGACAACGAUCGCUUCCUCGAUAUGAUGGAGCACUACUUCGACUCUUCCGACGACUUCAAGCGACUCCACGAGCGGCCCCAUUUGCAUUACCAGGUCGGGGUGACUCCCGAGGGUGUGGAAGUUCCGAGAAGCCUGGUGGAUGAAGAAAUGCAGGAAAAAUUGAAACAAAUGCCAAAACAAGUGCAACCUGCCACUCCCAAGGGCCCUGAUUGCAAAUGGCGAUACAUGUGGAGAGUCGGUCCUCGCCCUUCCGAAACCAGCUUUAAGGAACUUAAUGCAGAGCCGGUUGUGCCUGAGGGUUUUCCUGAGUGGAAAGAGACCAUGGAUUCAUGGGGGUACAAGAUGAUAUCCGCAAUAGAGGCUGUUGCUGAAAUGGCUGCCAUCGGAUUUGGUUUGCCAAAGGAUGCAUUCACUUCCCUGAUGCAGCAGGGACCACACCUUCUAGCUCCAACUGGAAGUGACCUGCGGCGUUAUGGUCAGGAGGGUACUGUCUUUGCAGGAUAUCACUAUGACCUGAACUUUUUAACUAUUCAUGGCAGAAGUAGGUUCCCAGGGCUUAAUAUCUGGCUAAGAAAUGGGCAAAAAGUUGAAGUUAAAGUUCCUGUUGGAUGUCUGCUCAUUCAGACUGGAAAGCAGAUAGAAUGGUUAACCGGUGGAGAUUGCAUAGCUGGAAUGCAUGAAGUUGUCGUAACCAACAGGACAACUGAUGCAAUCAAACUAGCAAUGGAGCAAAAUCGCAUCUUAUGGAGAGUAUCUUCUACAUUGUUUGGCCACAUAGCAUCUGAUGCUGUGUUGAAACCCUUAGGCCACUUUGCCGAUUCACCACUUGCCAGUAAAUAUCCGCCCAUUCAUGCUGGGGAUUAUGUUGAACAAGAGCUUUCUGUAAUCAAUCUCAAAGGAAACAAAGGACAAGUUUGAGGACCUGUAAAAGGGACUUGUGAUGCUAAAGAUCCAAACUGUAUCUUACAGAGGCCUUUGAGAUGACGUUGACAUGAGUUGGAAUAAAGAAGGUUGGGAGGAUGAUUAACUGUGGUUUAGAACAAGCAUGGAUUUCACAGAAUUAUGUUGAGUCCAAUGUUUAUGUAGUUUCAAUAUAUAUGAAACAUUUUAGUGA